AUGAAGGUCCUAUAUGUCAUUUUAAUGUGUGUUAUUGCUUCACCUAGCUUAUAUGCUAUAGACACACCUCAAGCAAAUUCUACCUUUAAUGUUAUUACAUAUGGUGCCAUUGGGGAUGGCAAUACUGAUGACACAAAUGCGUUUGUGAAAGCAUGGGACGACGUGUGUAGUACUAAUUUGAGCACCCCAACAUUGAUCAUACCUGAAAAGAAAACAUUUGUGUUGCAACAAGUGUUGUUUCAAGGUCCUUGUAAAUCUGCAACAGUUACAAUUGAGCUUCAAGGAAAUAUCAGUGCCCCAAAUUUCAUUACGGCUUCAAAAUGGAAAAUUGAUGAAGUGGCAAUAUGGUUGAAGUUCUCACACAUAAAUGGCCUUGUUGUCAAUGGAGGGGGACAAAUUAAUGGUCAAGGUGAAGGAUGGUGGAAGAAGUUUCCUAAAAAUCAAGAAAAUAAAAGGCCAACUGCUCUUCACUUUCUUGGGUGUCAAAAUCUAACACUUAGCAACUUGACUCACAUUAAUAGCCCAAGAAAUCAUAUAAGCAUAGAUACAUGCCAAGGAGUUUCCAUAUCCAAUCUUCAUAUAGUUGCACCAGAAGAUAGUCCUAACACUGAUGGCAUCGAUAUCGCAUCUUCAUCCAAUGUCGUCAUUACGAAUUCAAGCAUUGAAACUGGUGACGAUUGCAUCGCUAUUAACAGUGGAUGUAGCUUCAUCAACAUAACUGGUAUUUUUUGUGGGCCUGGUCAUGGUAUCAGUGUCGGUAGUCUUGGAAAAUACGGAUUAAUGGAUAAAGUCGAAGAUAUAUAUGUAAGAAAUUGCACCUUCAAUGGGACAACAAAUGGAGCAAGAAUCAAAACAUGGCAGGGAGGACGUGGGUAUGCGAAGAAUAUAAUGUAUCAAGAUAUUAAACUUGUUGGAGUCCAGAACCCUGUGAUUAUUGACCAAAAGUAUAACCCUUAUAAUUAUGAUGGUAAUGAUGGCGAAUCAUUGAGAGUGAGAAAUGUUACUUACAAGAACAUUUGGGGAACCUCAAUGAGUGAGGAUGCAAUCCAACUUAAUUGUGCACCAGGCAUUGGCUGCAGAGACAUUAGACUCAAUCGUAUUAACAUAACAGGUGUUGGUGAAGACAAAACAGUUGCAACUUGCACUAAUGCACAUGGAACAUGCUAUCAUUGUUAUCCACAUGUCCCAUGUUUUUCUGGAAACUAA